AUGGCUGUGGUUGAGAUGAGGGACGCUCUUGGACUGGAGGCUUUACGAGGACAGUGUGCUGAUGCCCUGCAGCCUGUUUCCGGAAUGGUGCGAGUAUAUAUCAGCUCUACACACUCGGACAUGAAAAGCGAGAGAAAUGCAUUCUGGGAGAGGGCUUAUUCUCAGUUACAGGCCCACUGUCAAAGUCUGGCUCUUGUCUUUGAGGUAGUGGAUUUCAGAUGGGGAGUGCAUGAAAUCAUCUCAGCUGAUCACAUGAUAACUGAGCUCUGCGUUAACGAAAUCGAGUCCUGUCAGAGCAUAUCAGAUGGACCGACCUUUAUUGCUCUGCUUGGUAAUCAGUAUGGCCAUCGGCCAAUCCCUCGCCUCAUACCAGAAACCGAGUUUGAGUUGCUGCUGUCAAAGCUUUCCAAAGAUCAAGAGAGUUUAAAGCUCCUUAACCAAUGGUUCUCCAAAGACAGCAACUCGGUCCCACCCACAUAUAUCCUCCAGCCAAUCACAACUCACUAUACUCAUUACAAUGACAGGGGUUCUGAUAAUGGACAGUUGCGUGAUGAUGAUGUCAUAUCCUGGAAUGUGACAGAGUCACGGAUUCUGCAGGCUCUCCGCACAGCUGCCCUACAGGCUGAGAGAGAUGGGGACAUGAGUGUAGAGCAUAAGCACAAGUUUUUCAAGUCUGUCAUGGAGUACGAGAUGGAGCAUGGCUUUCUCAAGACUCAGAGGAAUGCAUCAGCUGUGGUGUUUUUCCGUGAAAUGCCUCGACUUAGUAAAAAAGACUGCAAGAAAAACUUUGCAAAGUUUCUAUUAGACAUCACAGCAGAUGGCUUGCUGGACACAGAAGCCCGAGAGCUCCUGGCCAACCUGAAGCAACGUAUUAGCAAAACAGGUCAUCUCCAACCUCUCUGCAUGGAGCUGAGUAAAGGAGCCAUGGACCCGAGCCGUAAAGAACACAAGGAAUACCUUGCAAAUAUGUGUGAGAAGGUCAUAUCUCAAAUGAAGGAACUGAUCAGUAGACAUGCUCUUCCAGCCACUGGAUGUUUCAGUUCAGUAGAUCCAGGAUGGACCUGGCUGAAACAGGAGAUCUUCCAUCAUGCUGUGUUGAGCAAGGAGAAGUGUUCUGUGUUCAGAGGGAGGGAUAGUAUUCUGGGAAAGAUCAGCAUCACCAUGUGGGAGUCCACUCACACAUGCCAUGCACCAUUGUUGGUUCAUGGACCUUCAGGGGUUGGUAAAACAGCUCUACUUUGUAAACUGGCACAGGAAAUGCGAGCUGUCCUGGACCAGCGUGCGGUUGUGGUGCUGAGGUUGCUGGGAACAUCUCCACUCAGCUCAAAUGUUGACUCAGUUCUCAGAGGUGUUUGUCUUCAGGUGUGUGGAGCUUUAGGGUUGCAACUCCCAUGCCCGCAUAUUGCCAACACGCAUGAAGAGCUGAUCAGGUUCUUUCAUUCCAUGCUCAAUGAUGUGUCAGAACAAGGAGACACUCUUCUACUUAUUCUAGACUCAAUGGAGAAGCUGUUAGAGGCAAACAAGCCCCAUAUUCUACACUGGAUACCUAAAGAGAUCCCACCAAAUGUACAUAUUGUGCUCUCUACUUCAGAUGACUGCAUUGAGAUACAUAAGUCUUUGGUUUCAGAAGAAAAAAAUAUUUUUGAAGUGGAACUUCUCACAGCUGAUCAGGGGAAUGGUGUCAUUGAUGCCUACAUGAAUGCAGCUGGACGCAAGCUGACCUCAGAACAGUUAGACAGCAUCUUACUUAGCUUUCAGCAGAGUGGAAACCCUUUGCAUCUGAAACUCAUGCUGAACACUGCAAAACAGUGGCCCUCACACACCUCCAUGUCUAAUGUUCACCUGGGCAUCUCUGUGCAGGAAGUGUUGGCACAGUUUGUGCAGUCCCUUGAGGAGAAUCAUGGGAAGAAGCUUGUUAGUCAUGCUCUAAGUUUCAUCUUGUUAUCAAGACAUGGACUAUCAGAGGCAGAGUUACAAGAUGUCUUGUCUUUAGAUAAUGAUGUUCUUGCUGAGAUCUAUAAGUUCUGGCUUCCUCCAAAUCACACACUACUGCGCUUCCCACGCAUUCAUUGGUCACGUCUCCGGCAUGACCUGAGAGAUCACCUAACAGAGAGAUGGGAGGGCGGCAUUAUUCUCCUGGGCUUCUCCCACAGGCAGUUUACAGAGCUGGUGAGGGAGAGAUACCUGUCGAGUGAUAUGAAAACUGACAUGCACACCAUCCUUGCAGAGUAUUUCUCAGGCCAGUGGAGUAAGAGUCAGCUCAGACCGAUCCUACUGCCCUCACUGACCACACUGCUAAAUGCUGACAGAAAGGUGUCACCACAGCCUUUGUGGUUCACUGGAGAAGCUGCCAAUAUGCGUAAGCUCCAUGAAUUGCCCUAUCACCUCGCUCAUGCUGGCAAAUGGGAGGAGCUAAACCAAUCAGUGCUUGGCAGUCUGGAUUGGCUGUGUUGUAAAACUCUGUGCUGUGGGGUGAGCUGUGUAAUACAGGAUUUGUCCAUCUGCACCAGCCUCACAGACUGUCCUGAGAUACAGAUGCUGAAAGAGACUUUUCUGCUGCUUAAGCCCGCAUUGGAUUUUAGAGAUGGCCAUGCUGAUCCCUCACUUUUAGUCACAGAGAUCUUCACCAGGCUACAUGGUCUCGCUGAUCUCUACCCUUCCAUGAUUGGUCGGCUGUGUUCUCAGUGCGUAGACUGGUUUGGUUCCUGCACUGACCCAGUGCUUGUGCCCAAAUGCAGCUUCUUUCAGGCCCCUGGGGGCCCACUGAAGAGCACCCUUACUGGAUUCACUAAAGGUGUGAGGACUGUUGUUCUGUGCUCAAAGAGAGAGCUGCUGGUUGCAGGUUCAGAGGACGGCCUGAUAAUAGCUUGGAGCCUAAAACAUCUACAGACCCUACACACACUUUCAGGACACAUGGUGGGGGUGCUGUCCCUGAAGCUGAUGGACAAAACCACAAACUGUUUGUCAACUGGACUCGAUGGCACACUGAGAAAAUGGUGUCUGAUAAGUGGACAACAGCUUUUCUGCAUCCCUGAUGCAGUGUCUGUCCAAACACACACCCCUGCACAUGUCCAUAUGAAUGAGGAAAGGAAGAUUAUCAUAAGCAACCCAAGGGGCCUAGUAAAAGCUUGGCACUUGGACACUGCAGAGCCCCUGUACGAGGUGACAGCGUCGGUGUGUUCUGUUCUUGGUGUUAUGGGGGAUGCAAUAGCAUGCAUGUGCAGCGAGGGGAUGCUCUGUUUUUAUGACGUAUCCACUGGCACACAAAAUACCCAGACCCCCCUACCCUGCGCGGCUGAGGACCACAGUAUCUGCUCUCUGACACUCACUAAACACUCCAAGAUCCUCAUUGCCGAGGAAGGCCAUCUGCAUGUGGUAUGGAGCAGUGGCAUUCAGUCUACGGUUGAUCUUCCCUCUCCAGCUUUGUUCCUCAGUUCAUCUGACGAUGAAAAACUACUGUUUGCAGGAUGUGACAGAACAUUGUGUGUGUUCCUCGUGUCGCUGACUUCAAUGCACAAGGUUCUGGAUCUUCGGCAUGAUGCCUCUGUCUUAUGUGCUGUUUCAAAGAGUGAAGGAAGUGAAAUCAUCACAAGCGCCCAGGAUCGAAUUAUACGGGUAUGGAGUGUAACCACAGGAGCCCUACUGGACUGGAUCAGUGGAAUGGAUUCUGUUGUGUCCUCUUUGGCUGUACAUCAGCAUACUAUUAUCUCCGCCUCUGUGAUUUCCAACUCGCUCAAGCUAUGGCACCUGGACUACAACACCUGUCACAAAAGCAAGACCUGCAUCCCAGCACACUGCUCCCUAGUGGUUCUGUCUAAAGAGGGUGAUAGUGUAUUCUAUGUCAAAGAAGGAAAUAAAACCGAAGUUUUCACAUGGAGCUGUUCGGAAGGUGAAACCUGUCUUCUGUCAGACAGUAUGGACGCGUCUUCAGAAGUGUGCUGUUUGGAAUUAGCCCAGCAGAAACGUUUACUCUUCUGUGGACUGCGGACUGGCACUAUCCUCAUCUACCCCCUGGAUUUUGCCCCAGAAACCUUAUGCCUGCCCCCUCCAGAAAGCCUGCCGACAGUACGCAGCAUGGCUGUCAGCCCUCAGGAGGACAGAAUGGCAGUGGUAUACGAAGAUGUGGUUUGUCUGUUUGAGAUCACGUCAAGGGAUAGUUUCCCCUGUGUGGACGGCCCGUUUGAGAGGUACUCACUGUGCUUGCUGCACUCUCCAAUCUCUGCCAUGGCUCUGCUAUCAGACUGCAGGCUGCUCUACGGGACCUUUGGUGGCGAAGUAGUGAUCUAUGACUUUAAGACUGCCACAACAACCGAGAUGGAUCACCAUGGUGCUGCCAUCACCUGCAUCACCAUGAGCAACUGGGAUUCACAUGCUCUGAUUGGCUCUCAGGACUGUGUGCAGAAGUUGUGGAAUUUGAGGCCUGUCUUGCUUGAUCACACCAUGGAGUACAAGGGUUUUUAUUUUGAAGGAGUUUUAUGUGCUGUCUUCUCAAAAAAUGAUAAAUAUGUCUUCACUGGAUCUCUGGACAAAACCAUCAAAGUCUGGGAUGUCUCUAAUGGGUGUUUGCUGUACAUCCAAUAUGUGUACUCUCCAGUCAUAAAAAUGAUGCCACACAAGGAUGGAUUUGUAGCUGUAUCCCAACAUGGCUCUUUCAUCAAAGAAGGCUUCCGCUGUCCAGACAGCCUCAAGCCUGGAUACAACCCCCUCCAGAACUUCAGAGCACAUUACCGUGUCACCUCCAGAGAGAAAAGUCUGAAUGCUCCACACACAGUAGUCAAUGAGCUUCCAGAAUACAAUCCUGCUCAGUUCAGUUUCAUCGGCAUGAUGAAAACCAAACCAUCCAACACGUGUGUUCUCCUCUGAGUUGAAAAAAUAGUCUUUAUAUUAUAGUAAUUCUGUCAAUAAAAUAAAAUACAGUGUGUAAAGAAGGGCCACAUGUUGUAAAAUAUAUUUUAUUAACAUGAUAUUAUACUGAGUUUAAUCACAGCUUUCAACUUAGUAACUCACAGUAAGAUAAAAGAGUAUAUUUGGGCCAUUCCUGUUAUGUAGAAGCAGUACCUUUUGAACUCUGUAAUUUUAGAAAAUAAAUAUACUUGUGUUGUAAUUUAAGAAAGUAUUUCUAUAAAAAGUUAAUACCAGAUUUCAGAAAUAUUUUCUGGUCAAGCUACAGCACAAAGAACCUAAUUAAUUAUUUAAUUAUAACUUCUUUUUUUUUUUUUUUUUU